UGGAGACGUGACUUACUCGGUCGUGGGAUUCAUGGACAAAAAUAAAGACACGUUGUUCCAAGACCUCAAACGGCUGCUUUAUAACAGGUUGGAAGGAGAGACAAAAAAUCAAUGAUAAUGAAAUGAAACUACAGUAAGAAUGGACUGGUCAAGUUGUUGUUCCCGGACGGCGCCAGGGCCUUGAGCGAAGUCACGCGAAGACCUCCCACGGCCGGCUUUCUGUUCAAGGUAAAUCUCCUUUUCUGAUUACCCAUGUCUAUUAACUUGAUGUAUCAAUUCAAGCUUUGAUCGGACUAAAGAUCUGAUAAAUGGUACUCAGACCCCAGCUAGGAAGGGUGAAAAAAAUAGCCCCCAUUCAACGUUGGUUUUUUUCAUUCUUAUAGUCAAACUUGUUGAUAGUUUCUACCCUUUCGAGUCCCCGAAAAUGACUCAGAAGACCAAAAAAACGCUAACAACUUGGCGGAAAUCUUAAAUAUAUACACAAUAAUUCUAGAAAGAACGCAUAGUUUCUUAUAUACGAAAAGACGUACCUGCCUACCGUAACCUAGCUGCGGUAGGUGGAAUCGGUCUGAAAAACUUGCGUCGGCAUUUCUGAUGACAGACUAUCACAGAUGGGUGAAGUUUCAUCAAAAUAAAAAAAAAAUUUUUGAAAUUUUUUGAAAAUUACAGAGACAGCGUGUUAACUUUUCUUCCACAUUGGUAUACGUUUUAAGAUAGUUAUAUAUUGAAAAGAGUCCGUUUUCAUGCAUUCAGUACUUCAAGAUAAUUUGUGAAAAAAAGUUUACCUUCCAGUCAAGCUUUGAUGAAUCAAAUGACCAAGUUUUUCUUUUACAGAACUCUAUGAGCGACUUGGUGAAGCAGCUCGCCAGCAAGGAGCCUCACUACAUUCGUUGUAUCAAGCCGAACGAGGAGAAGAGCAGCUCCAUUUUCGACAAAGAACGCGUCGAGCAUCAGGUAAAAAACGAGGCAAAAAAUAAGCAGCUACUGGGAAAAGCUGUAGUGAAUUCUAUAGGGAGUUUGAGAUUUAGUAGGUCUUAUAGGGAAUAUAAUUUCCUAAAGGGAGAAACUUGAAGGACCCUCUAUAGGAGGCCUUUUAAAACCACUUUGUCGGUUUUGCACUCCCUAGAAUCGCGGGAGUGGGCUUAACGAGUUUUUGUUGGAGCUCCCUAUAGUGAAUCCUGAAUGUCCAUUUAAGGGGUCUUAUAGGGGUUCAGUAGGGGUCUUUUAAGUAUACCUCCGUAGGGGACUUUUUUUUCUCCCUUUAGGACCAACUACAGCUUUUCCCAGUAGCAGUAAGAGUAAUUGGGAGAGGAAGUCAAUAUAACAAUGAAAAAAUCGAAGAAAAGUUAUGAAAAGAACAAAGUGAAUAUCUGUUCUUAUGGAAAAUUAACGAUUCUUGGGAAAAAUCAAUCAAUCAAAUCCUUUAUUUUGUUGUUUUAGUCCGAUGUAAUCAACUAGGCCGUGAACAAGAACUUUAAAAGCUAUAACGAACAACCGCCUGUGGCGAGCUGAAAGUCCAAACGUGUAGUCGAAAGAGUUGAAAGCAUGGUCUUACGGUCCUUCGCCUCGUCCUUCUGAGCGUAGUCCAUCCAGUUGCGCCUUGACGAGCUCAGAAUGUAGUGAAUGUUGAGCUGGAGCCCGGAGACCGUGCUCUAGGUGGAAGCCUCAGAAUGAGAGCAACCACUUCGAGUGAAGAUUUUACACGGAAUGUUAAAGUAUCAUGAAACUUUUACCGAAAUUUUCAUUUGUCGAAGGUGCCUCACCUCGAUAAUUUCCUGAAUGCCCGAGAAAAAGAGAAAAAUACUCAAAAUCCAUCUUGCGUGACUUUUUUUUGCAAGAAGUCUUCGCCUGAUCUAUUGUUCACACCUGAUCUAUUGUUCAAAAUUUUUAACACCUAUGUAAGGCCUAUUCUAGAAUACUGCUCCGAAGUUUUUAACCCUCCGCAUAACUCUGAUCUCUGCUACAAACUGGAAUCUCCUCUCAGAAUUUUUUCUCGUAAAAUUUUUAUUAGGUCCAACUUAUCCUUUGAAUCUUACUCUGAUCGCCUUGAACAAUUUGAUAUCUCUCCACUUUACCUCAGACGAGCUAUAUCUGACAUUCUGACCCUUCAUAAAAUUGUCUUCGGUAUCGAUCAUUUUCCCCAGUUCGAACUUUUUUUGCCCUCAGGUCCAAUUUAAGGCGAAAUCCACUUCGACUGCGUUCUCAAGGUCAGUUUUUCUAAUGAUUUUUUUCUUUAAAACAAUUCCUACUUGGAACAAACUCACUUCCAAAUUUCAAUUCAGCCACCACCCCAAGUCUUUAAAAAAAUUUACUGGUCAAUCUACCAUUGCACGAGAUCUUCUUGUCUAUUCCUCCACGACUCAAAUGAUGUAUAACUGUAUAAUGUAUUCUCUCAAAUUCUAGAUCCAAGUGAACUCGUUAGGGUUCACGCUGAUCUGUCAAUAAAUUAUUAUUAUUAAAAAAAGUCUUACUCUGGAGAACUAAUGAAAAAAAUGAAGAGUAACUUUCUAGGUUCGAUACCUGGGACUUUUGGAGAACGUAAGGGUCCGCCGCGCAGGAUUUGCCCACCGGAUGCCCUACGAUCGGUUCAUCAAUCGGUCCGUUUUCAACUUAUGAUAUCGCCUUUUUUGCGUUUGAGUUUCUUUUUUUGAUUGAAAGGUUCAGGUACAAGCUUCUCUGCCCAGCGACGUGGCCGAAUCCGCGCGGAGGGUCGCCUCGGGACAAUUGCGUCCGCAUUUUGCAGCAUGUGCAGCUCGCCGAAGACUGCGUUCCUGGCAAAACCAAGGUUUCGACUUCUCUUCUUCCCAAACAACUUUGAAUCGAAUCAGAUCUUCAUCCGAAGCCCGCAGACUGUGUUCCGGAUAGAAGAGCUCCGCAGUGAAAAGCUCCCAGAAGUUGUGACGUUCUUGCAGAAGGUUCUUGUGAACCCUCUCAUCUUUGCAAAUAAUUCAUGAAAUAGAUGGUCCGAGGUCAACAGGCGCGAGAACGCUACCGUCGCCUCAGAGCCGUGUAUCUCAUCAUGGGGGCCUACCGCCGUUAUAAACUCCGCUCCUACAUCCUGAGCGUCAUCCGGUCUUUCCAGUCAGCUUUGCGUCGAUUUGCUAUCCCUUCAAUUCUUUUCGUACUCAACGUAAAACGAAAAUCGUAAUGUCAGAAAAGGCGGAUAAGAAUUUUUCCGAAUGAUAACUUGUUUUUCUGGGCGGAAAAAAAAAUCAAAAAACUGUUUAGGGAGUGGAAAUCUUAAUGGUCAUAAAAAAAAGCUGGACACAAUUGAUACAUGAAGAAAAACUGAGAAUUGAAAAUGUAUAGUGAGAGCGCAUUAUGGUUUUUUGCAGUAAACUCCUCAUGUUAAUAAAAGUUCAAACCCUAACAGCCGUUUUUAGUUGAUAAAUGGAGUUGCAAGUAAUUUAUUCAGUUAUAAAUUUCAUUAGAAUUAUCCGAAAAUAGGGCCUUUCUUAAAUAUAAAUCAUGAACCCUAAAACGUUGCCCCUCCAGAGGCGUCCGACAGAUGAAGGACCUCGGAAAGUCGGUCCGUUGGCCAGCGCCGCCGGUCGUGCUGAUUCCCUUCGUGAACCGACUCCGGAUAAUGCACCAGCGUUGGAGAGCCGCGACGAUUCUCUCGCGGAUGCCCGCUCACCUUCGUGCGGCUCUUCCUCAGAAGGUACCUCACUGUUUUCCUUUUUAAAUGACUUCCUCCUGUUCAGAUCGCCGCCUUCGAAGUUCUCAACGGCAAACGCGCCAAUUGGGGAUAUCCUCGUCAGUGGAAGGGCGAUUAUUUGUCCUUGGUAAUUUCAAGUGUCUCACUUAUUUGAUAUUCAUUCGACUUUGUUCCGAAGGGUUUUUUUAUAUAUCGAAUUCUUUUUUUCCGAGAGGACAUUAUCCGUUAAUUAAAUUUUUUACUGAUUGAGUAAUAAUUUUCCGACUGGUGAGAAGUUUUUCUUUUCUUUUCUUUCGAAAAUUUCAAUGUCGCUCCAACCAAUAUUCAGGAUGAAUUAAAAUUCAAACCUACGUUGUCGCUUUUUCCUGAAAAUUUUAUUUUUCGAAAAGAUUUACAUUCCCUUUCCGUGUGAUUUUUUUCUCUUGACAGUUAAACUUUGAGUCUGCAUAUCUAUUCAAUUGAAAUGUUUCGUGAAUGAUUGACGAUUGACGAAUGAUCGUGCAGACUCGCCUCCUAAUCUAUCUAUAAUUUGAAAAAGUUUUAAGUUAGAUCCAAACUUUUCACUUCUCGUGACGAUUUCAAGUAAAUUUCAAAGAUUUGUCAUACUUUUUAAAUUAGAUGUAGUUUCUGGUGGAAAAAAAAUCAGUCUGCUUAUAGCAAGAAGAGCUAGACCCGCCUGGUGCAAGUGUCUCCAUUUAUCACGAUGGCCUUUCCACUUUGCGGACCUCGCAUCCGUUUGGAAAAGUCCUGUUCAGCAGCUACAUUCAAGUCAGUUUCUGAAGCAACACAAAGCAAAUCACAUGUUUUCAGAAGUUCAACAGAUUUAACAAAAGCACGUUACGAGUGUUGGUGGUGACCGACAGGUUCGUCGCCAAACUCGACGUCAAGAAGUUUAAACUCCUCAAGGAGCCCAUCGCCCUGCAAAGUGUUAGAUAUUCUUCAUCUCUUCUUAUUAAAUUCAGCUAGUUCAGGUAUCGCGAGUUUCGGUGAGCUCGGAUCCGAAUAAUUUGUUCGUGGUGCACGUCGGCGACAACGACCUGGUGACGUGUCUGAAGAACACCAAAGACGAAGAAAGAGUUGGAGAACUCGUCGGAACUCUUCUAGCCCACUACGACAAGUUCGUUUGCAUCAAAACUAUGAACAAUCCAUUUUGACUAGUGGAAUAUUCAAACAAAAAUGGAUGGAACGGCAUGUAAAGGACGCUCAAGAACUUUCAAGAAAUAUUCAUGAAAAAAUAGUGACUCUUCAUAAAUCCUUUAUCGGACUUUCAAAAAAGCAUAGGCGAGUUUUGUUGAAGAUUUAAGUAAAAAAGACCUAUUUUCUAAAUCAUGCAAAAAUUUCUACGCCUCCAAAGAGCAAGAAUUUUGAGAAUAAAAAAAAACUUUGAGAGUAAAUUUUCUCCUUUUACAGCGUUUCAUGAAGCCAACUGAGUUGAGAGGAUAAAAAGAGAAAAAAAUUUAAAAAAAAAAAGAAAAAAAAACUAUAAAUUCUUGGAUUCGGAGAAAUUUUUACAUGGAUUCUGUCUCUAUACGAGGAUUUCCAGUCUAGAACCUUUUUUUAAAAGUUUCCCAUUUAUUGUUACAGACAGCAGAUGCGAAGACCGCCAGUCAUUGUGCAGCCAAGCUUGGUUUGUUCCUUGGGAGGAAAGUCGCGGACGGUUCGCGUCUUGGCCUCGCCGGAAGCCGCUCAACCGCCAGUCUUCAAGAAGAACGGCAACGACGUCGACCUCAUCUGUCGGCAGCUCGCCACCACCGUUGCUUAG